CAGCCCAGUGGUGAUUCUGAGGCUGGUCAGGCCCCUCCAGUAUUGCUGUUAGUCCACUCUGCAAGAAUAUACGAUCCUCUUUCCUAAGAGCACGGCUCUGCACGGGCUAUGCAUAUAACCCAGCUUAAUCGGGAAUGCCUUUUGCACCUAUUUUCUUUCCUGGACAAAAACAGUAGAAAGAGUUUAGCCAAGACAUGUCACAAAUUGCUAGAAGUGUUUCAGGAUCCUUUUCUGUGGCCUGUACUGAAUUUCCAUUCUCCUGUGGAACUAAAGAAGGAUAAUUUUCUCUUGGGACCAGCUUUACGGUACCUGUCCAUCUGCUGGCAUUCAAGCAGAGUCAAGGUGUGUAACAUUGAGGACUGGAUGAAAAACACAUUCCAGAAAGACAUCUGUCGUAAGCAUGAAAAUGCUGUCAAUGAUUUUUUAAUACAAGUUUGCAACAGGUGCCCAAACUUGCUGUCCCUGACCCUUUCUGGAUGUGGCCAUGUCACAGAUGAUUACCUGUUGUUGCUUCUCAAGAGCUGCCCAAACCUCAAGAUACUCAAACUGGAAAACUGUGUGCGGAUCACUGACCGGACUCUGGAAGCUGUGACCCUCUAUGGGGGCUCUUUACAAACCCUCCAUGUGGAUUUCUGCCGGAACAUAACUCAGGCUGGUCUGGAGACAGUCCAGGAAAAAUGUCCUUCAGUAAUGCUGAAAGCAGAGAGAAGUGCAGACAUGAUUCCAGACAACGAACCAGGGGAAAAAUUGAUGCUUGAAAGAGCAGUGAGAAAACUGGUACUGCACUAAGAGGGACCGAUUCCAGAAAUUCAAUAUAUGUGAAGAGAGACUGACAUUUUGAGGUUCCAUCCAGUUUGCAAUUAAGCCUAUCUAUAUGCAUAUUGGCUUUGUUUAUAAAAGAAUAUUUUAUAAAUUUCACAAAUACUCCCGUUUCACCUGGGUAAGGAGUUUACCUUGAUGGUCCUUCA